AUUACCUGCCCCAAUGAUGGACUACAAUUACAUUAGCUCUAGUCUAGCAUCCGUAGUUCAAUAUCCUAUCCCUGCCCUCAACAGAUGGAGAGCAAUAGUGCAAUGGGGCAGCGGAAUAGUCUUUCUACACAAAGAUAGGGGUGUGCCUGCUCACAACUUACACACACCUUAUUAAAGCAAUUUUCUAAAUGGUUCAUGAGGUCUGGGUGGGGCAGUGCUGGCAGAAAAAGAUAUAACCACAAUAGCAAUCAAUGUGCUAACAUGUCAGGAAAAUGUCUUCUCUCCAUGACAGCCCUAGUUAGAGAGAGGGCAUCUAAAUCCCCCACUCCUGGCAACAGAGUGAAUAACAAAUCUGUGUUUGUCAUAUGAAUGCCUGGGACAAAAUAAUGUGGAAAGGCCAUUUCAAACACACAGUCAGAAUACAAAGAGACAGCCAUGAAUUCUUGUUGAGCACCUUUCUUAUGAGGCAAGACAACAACACCUGGGGCUUUUUUAGUUUAGAAAAAAGACGACUGCGGGGAGACAUGAUAGAGGUCUAUAAAAUCAUGCAUGGUGUGGAGAAAGUGGAUAGAGAGAAAUUCUUCUCCCUCUCCCAUAACACUAAAACCAGGGGUCAUCCCAUGAAAUUGACUGCCGGGAAAUCUAGGACCAACAAAUGGAAGUACUUUUGUACACAACGCAUAAUCCACUUGUGGAAUUCUCUUCCACAAGACGUGGUGACAGCCAACAACCUGGAUGGCUUCAAGAAGGGUCUGGAUAACUUCAUGGAGGAGAGGUCUAUCAUGGGCUACUAGUCUGUGGGCCACCUCCAGCCUCAAAGGCAGGAUACCUCUGAGUUCCAGUUGCAGGGGAGUAACAGCAGGAGCGAGGGCACGCCCUCAACUCCUGCCUGUGGCUUCCAGCGGCAUCUGGUGGGCCACUGUGCAAAACAGGAUGCUGGACUAGAUGGGCUUUGGGCCUGAUCCGGCAGGCUGUUCUUACGGGACCCUUCUCACAGUCUGUUUGUUUUUGCCCUCAGUAAGGCUAGUGCAACGCUUAAAACCUCAGAACUACAUAGAUCUUAGGAAUGGAGACUGUCUGCCACUCUAAAAAGUGCACAGUUCUGAGGGUAGAAUACAUCAUCAUGGAAACACAAUAUGGAUAGGUUGGUGGCAACAGCAAAAAUGGGGGAUGAGUAUUACAGCAAUGUUUAAGAAGAAAUGGAUAACGUGCCUCUGAGCAUAUGGUAAGUGCUGUUACCUCAGGAGGCAACAAUUACAAUCCGCACAUUUUGCAAAAGAGAAUCCGAGGAGGCAUGGAUAUGUUUACCACAGAGAUGGAUACAAUAGAAUGGAUACAAUACAAUGCUGAUAUUUCCUGACCAUCCCUUUAUCUUUAGCUAGGUCUUCCACUCAGAUCCCACGAGGGCACACUCAGUGACAUCUGGAUCCCUCCAUCCGUAUAUGUCUUGUCUUAAACAAAUGUGCUAAUGCAUUAAUAGAACUGAGCUUGUCUUAUUUUUCAAACGUAGAAAGAUUAUCUUGACCGUUAACUGCUGUCCUUUAACUUCCAGGAGGAGGAGAGUGGGCUUCAUUUUACCUCAGACCUGCUAGGCCUCAGUGCUCUUGUUCAAGGGGUUCUCCCUCAUCCUCUGCUCUGACUGGAGGAGUCGGUAAUGGUGUGCAGACUCCAUAGAGAAGGCUCGAGCUGAUUUCAAGAAGCACUGCAGAUUGUGAUCCGCCUAGAGCCGCUAGGAUUGGCUGUACAGAAUCCUGCCCUCUGUGUGCCACAAGCCCUUCCAGUCUAUGGGUCACGGCUUUCUGGCAAAUGACUGGGAUGAAGCUGAGCCGGAUCCCAAUCAGCUGCGAUGGAAUCCUUUCGAGAUACCGACUGCCUCUCAGAGAAAGGUGGACUUCGUGAAUGGAUUGCAUACUUUGUGUGGAGCUGGUGAACCCAAGUCUCGGAGAGGGCUUGCAAUACAUAUCUUCAGCUGUAACACCUCCAUGAUCAACAGAUGCUUUUAUAAUUCAGAUGGAGACUUUCUCAUUGUACCACAGCAAGGAAAACUGCUCAUCACAACCGAGUUUGGCAGGUUGCUGGUGGAGCCCAAUGAGAUCUGUGUCAUUCAGGAAGGGAUGCGUUUCAGUGUGGAAGUGUUUGGGGAAACUCGGGGCUAUAUCCUGGAAGUAUAUGGAGUACAUUUUGAACUGCCUGACCUGGGACCGAUUGGAGCCAAUGGCUUGGCUAACCCGCGAGAUUUCCUUGUGCCAGUUGCCUGGUAUGAAGAUCGCCAAGUAGCCGAGGGCUACACAGUUAUCAACAAGUAUCAGGGCAAGCUCUUUGCAGCACAACAGGGAAGCUCCCCAUUCAAUGUUGUGGCCUGGCAUGGAAAUUAUACACCAUACAAGUAUAACCUCAGCAAUUUCAUGAUCAUAAAUUCUGUGGCUUUUGAUCAUGCGGAUCCUUCUAUCUUCUCUGUCUUGACUGCAAAGUCAGCUCAUCCCGGAGUGGCAGUUGCUGAUUUUGUUAUAUUCCCACCCCGCUGGGCAGUGGCCAGCAAGACUUUCCGCCCACCUUAUUACCACAGGAACUGCAUGAGUGAGUUUAUGGGCCUCAUUCAAGGGAGUUAUGAGGCAAAGGAACAGGGAUUUCUACCCGGAGGGGCCACUUUGCACAGUAUGAUGACACCCCAUGGACCAGAUGCUGAGUGUUUUGAGAAGGCAAGCACAAGCAAACUGGAACCAGAGAGAAUUGCAGAGGGGACCAUGGCCUUCAUGUUCGAGUCUUCUCUUAGCUUGGCCGUUACCAAAUGGGGGCUGAAAGCUGGCUUGGAUAAGAACUACUACAAGUGCUGGGAACCCCUGAAGAGCCAUUUUAAUCCUAAGCAGAAGUGAAGAGUCCAGAUGUAUGAGCUGUUUCCUGUACAGCAUAAAGGGUGUUGAGAAAACAGUUUGCUUUGGUCAGUCUUACAUGUGAAAACUCCAGGAGCAGCCAACAAGAAGCAUGACUAGCAACUAUAAAAUAAAAUAAAAUGACCACUAGCCUUAAUUGAUCAAGUAAAGCUUUCUGUGCGAAGUCUGGAAAAGCCUGCAGGUCUCCCAUCACAUAGAAUGGGCUCAAUGUAAUGUAAUUACUUACUUAGUUGCUUUCUGGACUAGAGACUAAUGUAGCUAGAGACUAAUGUAUCUUAUAGGCUUAUGUAGGGGAAUAAUAUUAAUAAUUGACUUCAUUGGUGGAUUUUCCAAUAUAGACUGAUCUGUUGCCACUAACUCUAGAUCAUAGACAUCCAAAGCUGUGUGCAAUUUAGUCAGCCAAUUGUUGAACCAUUAUUGCUUUAUGAUAAGAGUAGGAGGUAGGAAUUAAUACAUAGCAAGGAGCAGCAUAGCAAAGUUACUGGCCCCACAACACACAACCUCACCCCCUUCAGUUAUGCUUGCUCUUGACAGUGCCCAAUGAACAAGUAUUUCUGAAGAUUGCCAGACCCCAGCAGACCAGCCUGAUCCUGCACCUAAGCUGCACCGGAGCACUACAGGGAGAUUAUGGGGAAAUUGCUUGCUUGCCUGGAUGUAUUCUCGCUAAUGAACCAUGUAUGAGAAUAUGAGCUUUUAGCUUCUUGUUAGAAUGUAUCCUCCCUUAACCAUCUGUGCCUUUGGGCUUGUUAGAAUAGAUGUAUGGCCCCGCAAUUUAGUCCGAGCUGGCAAGAGUAUCAGAUUUCCUCUUUCUCCAUCUCUACCCCUCCCCUCUGGCUCCCUGCAGUCUGUGGAAGCAAAUUGCAAUUAACACACCAAGAAAGAGAGAUGGUAAAAUGGAGGCUGGCCAGGUUUGUAGCCCGCCCCCCGCCCAUCCCCACCAAAUGCUAAUCAGCACAUUUUGGACAAUCUAGCAAGGAACAAUUAUGGGAUUUUGCACACACUGGAAGAUGCAUGUCAUGAGAGGUGGAAUAAUGAUUUGCAUGGAAGACAACAAGACAGCCAUCAAAAGAAGAUGGAGAGAUCAAAGGGAGAAGCUCCUUAUAGGAGCUUAGGACCAGGUUGGGUGACCUUGGGAAGGAGGUGCUCGGCUGGACUUUCUUGGGAUCUCACAGCUGUAUGGGACCUGAGGAGGAUACUGGCCCCGGGAUUUGGCCACUUUUGUCAGCCAAGCCGUCAGUCUGGCUAGAUUGUCGUCCUGGUGCUAAGACGACAUACUCAAAGUUCCCGUUUGUUGGUUUUGUAGCCAGUUGCAGCGCAUCCAAGUUGCCUGAUCUGUGGACUCCGACUACCUUCACCCUGGCAAUUGAACUCAACAGCAAGACACUUGCCUCUGCACCACCACCCUCCAAUUUUUCUGCCUAUCUUCUCCUCUCCUCUCCCCCUCUCACUCUUUCUCUCUCUCUAAAUCUCCUGUUAGGAUUUUAGUCAGAAUCUUUGGCCAGACAUAUUAAGAUAGAAUUAUAUAUAUGCAUUGCCUUUUCACUAUUUUGUAUGCCUUUAAUAACACAGUAAAGCUUUUUUAAAGACUC